AUGCACGACCUAUUUACAACCGUGCUAUCCAAAAGGGAUCUUUCCCGGGCCGGAGAGCUGUUUUCCAUCGCCGACUACGAGAUUGUGAACGAUCUGACCGAAGUGUUGCAGGAGAUUUCAUCCAUCAUCUCGCACGAAGACUAUCUGCACAACAGCAACGACCAGUCGGUCAUCGAAAUCUGCAUCAACCGGGUAACAUCGUGCAUCAAGAAGACGCACACGAUUGCGAAGCACUGUGCCGGGCUGGUCAGUCUGUUGGAAACAUGCCUACGCUACAACUUGCAACCCACCGGUAAGGAUGUGGAUCCGCCGCAUGCGAAAAUAUCGUCUGACAUCAUUUCCAGCAUAUUUCUGAACUACAACAAGCAAGUGGUGAUGGAGGUGACGCUGCCCGUUGCGGUCAAGUUUCUCAACCAGGGCAACCUCGAGCUGUCGCGCAACCUCGCCAGCUACCUUUCGUCGGCGGCCAUCGAGUACUCGUACCUGCUGUCGCCGCAUGUACACGUCAUCCUCGAAUCGCUGCUCGGCGGCAACUACGGCCUCUGCCAUGUGCUGUCGCAAAUUUACGAAGCAACGCCGGACCCGAUCAAUGACGCUGGGCCAAAGUUUGUGGAGAUUGUGCCACGGUGCGAACUGCAGGAGCAGCUGGUCAUACUGCAGCUGCUUGUCACGAUCGCGAAACAGAAACCAUCCUGCCUAACCGAAAGCAUUCCAUCGCUGCUGGAGCUGGCCACGGUCCGGCCACCAUUAUCGGCGGCGGCCCUGCUGGUGCUGCUCAAGCUGGCCGAAUCCAAACCGAUCAAACUGGCCGAAUAUACGGAAGCGUUCAAGCUGAUCGCGCACAGUGUACCGCAGACGGUCGGGUUCGCCGCACAGAUACUCUCCGCCAUCGGGCGUUGCGGCAAGGACCGAGCCCAGGUGGCGUUAGACUUUGUGCUCGAGCAUUUACCACGUGCCGAUCGGCCGCUGCAGACGAUACUGCUGAACGAAGCGACCAAACUGUGCACCAAGUAUCCGGUCCUGUUCACCGACAAGGUCACCUCCGUCGUACGACAACGGCAGCUGAGCAAUAACAGCCAGAUCAAGCAAACUGCGUCCGGCGGAGUGACGAUUGUGAAUCUAAACUCGUCUGCCACACUGCCCACACCCAUGUCCACAGCAAUCGGGACGGCGAGUCUGGGUGGGCACGGCAAUGGUGGAACCGCCCUCGGUACAAACGGCCCAUCCGGAGCGGCAGCGGGCAUGCUGGGCAGUUCGGUCGGUUUCACCCAACAUGUGCUCGAUCACGGACGAUCGAUCGUGUCGAAAACGCCGAAUGUCGCCAUCAUAAACAAUGGCCAUACGCACACGACGAGUAGUGCGAUGAUGUCGACCACGGUUAUCAACACCUCGAACGGUACGACUCUGAGUUCGACCAUCCAUCCGGCGCUGCUGACCAACUUUAUGAACGCAGCAAACGGCCUGCCCAGCAGUGGUACCGUCACGACAGCCAGUGGCACAGGAACAGUGGUCAACGGUACUACCGUUGUCUCUCCAAUGCCACACCACACAGGUUACACUCGAAACCGUCCGAAGCUCGGGGACUCGCGCAGCACCGGGCGGCUGCAUUCUGGCGGAGGUGGUGGCAACAAGAGCACAACACGCCUGAACAAUGCGGGCGGAUCGAUGGGCGGGCUGCACAAGUCGCGUCUCGGUUCGUCUCAGCUGAUCAAUCAAUUCAACGGCGAUAUCGGCGCGGGUGUGUCGAUUGAUCCAGAAAAACCAUCCACAGGCGUCACACCAAACGGUGGACCCACAAUGGUGGACGGUUCCGCGUCGCACAACAUCAUCAUGCACAGCGGCCACAGCCAUCAUUCGAGCGGAAAUGUCGCUAUCAAAGGAAUGAUGGCCAGCAGCGGCAGUGGCGGAGGUGGCGGUUUGCUUGGCAACUCGAUACCACCGCCACUAAGCCAGCACGUGACGAUCACGGGUGAGAACAAGUGGGGCAUACCCCAGACGAAGAUCACAUCCUGUGGCGUCACAGUGACGACGUCUCCGACGCGUGCACCCCGGCCGUACUCCCACGGCCCAACCAACACGCUGAUGGGAUCGACCGGUGCGCUCGGAGGCAAGAGUUCACUCGGCGGACUGAACCAAUCAACUGGUUCGAUCGGCAUCCAGGUGCACCAUGCGUCACCGGCCUCACCGACGAUGUUCAACAAUCACUCGCAGCAGAAGUCACCGCAGCUGACCACCACGCUAUCGCUUCACUCGAGCGAUGAUCCAUCUAAUCAGGUUAUUGUCUCCGGUCCCGCAACGGUAACAACACGUCCGCGCACGAACGACAACCGGAGCGUAACGAUCCUGAACGCCUCCUCGACCACUACGCGCAUGAGUGUGUUCGAACCGUACCCGAUGCGUGACACCAUACAGCACUUCUGUGAGAAGCAUCUGGACAAAAUCAAGUCAUACACGGAAGCGGUGGCCCACCGCAUACCACCCCCGGCGAAGUGCAUCAUCGAGGAACGGCGGGCGAAAAAGAUGGCCAAGCUGCACUUUGCGUGCCAGGUGCGCGGUCCACACUGUCUCUACUCGCGCACCAUGUUUACGAUGCGCACGCGCAACCCACGCACCUGGAUCCAUCUGAUGUUUCUCGAUCUGCAGGCAAGGGCGGGCAAGAACGCACUCAGCAGCUGGGAUCCGAGCGUCAGCCGACUCAAACAUUGCUGGGAUACGCUCAAGUGUGAAAACCGAACGUUUAUAACGCUAGUCACGAGUGCGUUCCCCAACGGUAAGGAGCAGGAAGCGCUGGUCAAUGAGCUUCGCCAUGCCGGGUUCUUUGACGUGUUCGAAAUGGGUCCGGUGACGCUCGGUUCGGGGGGUGGUCCGGCCGGGGGAACGGCCGGCCCUGGGGUGGAACUGCCUACCGGUGCGUCGGGAUCUACCGGCACGUCCGGCGUCGGAUCGGCUACCGGUGUUGACCCGAGCGCAGCCUCAAACGGGGGCAGCUCGGAAGACCUGGAGGUGUUCCAGUGGGGUUGCUUUCUCUGCCAUCAUCCGGAGAAAGCAAUCGGAUUUCUGCAUGGCAACAAUCAACCGGUGAUCGAGGGUCAGCUGAAGGAGAAGAAGGGCAAAUGGAGACUGUUCCGGAGAUGGCGCACGCGCUACUUUACACUUUCCGGUGCACAUCUGUCGUGCAAAGGGUCGGUCAGUGAGGCCGGUGGCGAAAGUAUCGACGUGAACCAGAUCCGAUCGGUGAAGGUGUCCCGGGGUGCGCGCAACAUCCCCAAAGCGUUUGAAAUUUUUACCGGCGAUCAGACACUUAUCCUCAAGCCGAAGGAUGGAAACAAGGCGGAAGAAUGGGUGCAAUGUUUAAGCAUCGUGCUGGCACAUUCACAGGCACGAGACAGUCCAACGACACGCACCAACAGUCUUCCAGCACGCAGUAUUGGCAACAGUAGGACGGUUUUCUAA